UAUAACCGUCUUCUCCUCCGUUUCAGCUCACGUUUCUUGCCGACUGGAAGAACUCCAACCGUUACCCGGCCGUCAUUCUGUUCUACAUCAACGCCUGCUUCUUUGUGGGCAGUAUCGGCUGGCUGGCCCAGUUCCUGGAUGGAGCGCGGGAAGAGAUCGUGUGCAAGAGCGACAACACCAUGCGCCUCGGGGAGCCCUCGUCUUCAGAGACGCUGUCCUGUGUCACCAUCUUCAUCAUUGUGUACUACUCCCUGAUGUCGGGUGUGAUUUGGUUCGUCAUGCUGACCUAUGCCUGGCACACGUCCUUCAAAGCCCUGGGCACCACCCAGCAGCCACUGUCCGGCAGAACCUCCUACUUCCACAUGGUCACCUGGUCGGUCCCCUUCAUCCUCACUGUGGCCAUCCUGGCUAUCGCUGAGGUGGAUGGAGACUCGGUGAGUGGGAUCUGUUUUGUAGGCUACAAAAACUACAAAUACCGCGCUGGGUUUGUGCUGGCCCCCAUUGGAGUUGUGCUUGUUGUCGGCGGUUACUUCCUCAUUCGGGGUGUCAUGACUUUGUUUUCCAUUAAGAGUAACCACCCAGGACUGCUGAGUGAGAAAGCUGCCAGCAAAAUCAACGAGACGAUGCUGAGGCUGGGUAUAUUUGGAUUCCUGGCUUUUGGCUUUGUUUUCAUCACCUUCGGCUGCCACUUCUACGAUUUCUUUAACCAGGCUGAAUGGGAGAGGAGCUUUAGAGAAUAUGUGCU